AUGCUUUGGCAAAUAAUUUCAAUUGUAUUUUCCAUACUUUUAUCUAUUCUUCUUUAUCGUGCAUAUGUGGUAUUUACACCAGAUAAAGAUAUAUUUGAACCAUGUUCAUCAUCAGUCGAUAAUCAUUCUUUGCAGUUUGAUCAACAACGUCUUCAAAUAUUUCAAACAUUACUUCAGUUUCAAACGAUAUCCUAUGAACGUAAUAAGCAAAAUUUUACUGAACUCCAAAAAUGUCGAGAUUUCAUUAAAGAACAUUAUGAUGAUUUAAUAACAAAAUAUUCGAAAUUUGUUCAAUUACAUGAUAUUGCAGAAUAUUCAUUACUAUAUUCUAUUCAAGGAAAGAAUCCAAACUUAAAACCAUUUCUUUUUUCUGCUCAUAUGGAUGUUGUACCAGCUGGAAAUCUUAGUCGUUGGAAAUAUCCACCAUUUGAUGCUCAUUCAGAUGAAGAUUUUAUUUAUGCACGUGGUACACUCGAUGAUAAAGGAAACUUAUUUGCUAUGAUGGAAGCUCUUAAGGAAUAUUUAAAUGUAUAUGGUCAACCAUCACGAACAUUUUAUGUGGCAUUAACACAUGAUGAAGAAGUAGGUAAAUCGGGUUCCAAAGGUAUUGCUCGUUAUCUUUCACAACAACCAUUUGGUGAUAAUGGUCAAUUUGAAUUCGUACUUGAUGAAGGAACAGUUAUUGUUGAAGGAGUAUUUCCAACUCUUAAUAAUCCUCUUGCUAUAAUUGGUGUUGCUGAAAAAGGUUAUAUGAGUGUUGAAUAUCGUAUUAGUAUGCCACCAGGUCAUUCAAGUAUGCCAGCAGCUCCAACAGCUAUUGGAAUAUUAGCUCAUGGUGUUGAUAAACUUGAAAGUACACCACAACCAUCACAAUUUGGUCGUGGACCUGAACUAAGUUUUUUACAUGGUAUAACACCAUAUUUAAAUUUUCCCUUACGAUUAGUUCUGAGCAAUAUUUGGCUAUUUGGA